GUCCCAUCAGACCUGUCGAGAAAGCAGGACGCAGGAUUUCUGUGAAACUAUUUGGCAUUCACCUUAUCACACAGAGUGGCACAACAAGGAAGCAGGUCAGUAAAAUUCCACUGUUCAGUCUGUCUGGAUCUACUGAAGGAUCCAGUCACUAUUCCCUGUGGACACAACUACUGUAUGAGUUGUAUUAAAGAAAACUGGAAUAAAGAGAAACCAAAAGGAGCCUACAGCUGUCCUCAGUGCAGAAAGAGUUUCAUAUCAAGGCCUAAGCUGGAGAAAAACACCAUGUCAGAAGGGUUAGUCGAGGGCUUGAAGACAUCUGGACACCAAGCUGCUCCUCCUGAUCUCUGCUAUGCUGCACCUGAAGAUGUUUCCUGUGAUGUCUGCACAGGAAAGAAGCUGAAAGCAGUGAAGUCCUGUCUGGUAUGUUUGGUUUCUUACUGUGACCAACACCUCCAGCCUCACUAUGAAUCCUCUGCCUUUGACAAACAUAAACUGAUCAAACCUUCCAUGGGGUUGAAAAGUAACAUCUGUUCAACUCAUAAUGAGGUGAGGAAGAUGUUCUGCCUUACUGAUCAGCAGUGUAUCUGUUAUGUCUGCUGCAUGGACAAACAUAAACGCCAUGUAACAGUUCCAGUUGAAGUUGAAAGGGCAGAAAAAGACAAAGACCUUAAGAUGAAUCUGCAGGAAGUCCAGAAGAAAAUUCAGACCAGAGUGGAGGAAGGUAAAGUGCUUGAGAAAGAGAUGGAGGGGAUCAAACUGUCUGCUGAUAAAACAAUUGAAGACAGUGAGACCAUCAUCAAUGAGCUGGUGAGUUUCAUCAAAGAAAAAGGCUCAAAUCUAAAGCAGCAGAUCAGAUCCCAGCAGAAAGAUGAAGAGAGGCGAGUCAAAGAGCUUCAGAAUAAGCUGGAGCAGGAGAUCACUGAGCUGAAGAGGAAAGAAGAGGAGCUGAAGAAGCUUUUACACACAGAGGGCCACACCGAAUUUCUACUCAGGUACUCCAUGAUGUCAAAACUCAGUGAAUAUACAGAUUCACCAAGCUUUAAAAUCUGUCAAGUUAAGUACUUUGAGGAUCUGCAAACAGCACUGUUAGAAGCCAGAGAAAACCUCAAAGCAUUUCUAAGUGAGGAAUGGAGGAAGAUCACUCUGACAGUGAGAUCAGUGGAUGUUUUGCUGCGACAAAUUGAACCUAAUACUAGAGAUGAGUUUUUAAAACAUGCAUGUCAACUGACGAUGGACCCAGAUACAGUUCACAAAAAACUCUUCCUAUCUAAUCAGAACAGAACUGUAUCAGACAAUGCUCCAAAUCCAAAUAUCUAUCCUGCAUAUGCAAAAACGGACAGGUUUUCCAACCAGCAGCAGGUCCUGAGCAGAGAGUCUCUGAUUGGACCUUGUUACUGGGAAGUGGAGAUGAAAGGGAGAGGAGUUUCAGUUGCCGUGACAUACAAGAAUAAAGAUAACCUGGAUCAAAGUGAUUUUGGAAGUAACAAUAGUUCCUGGGCAUUAGAGUGUUAUGGCGACUACUACAAAUUCAAACACAACAAAAUCACAACUUCCCUCUCAGGCCCUCUGUCCUCCAAAGUAGGAGUGUAUGUGGAUCCCAGAGCAGGUAUUCUUUCUUUCUACAGCGUCUCUGACACCAUGGCCCUCCUCCACAGAGUCCAGACCACAUUCACUGAGCCGCUCUAUGCUGGACUGUGGAUUUGGAAGAGUUUUUGGACUGACACCACUGCUACGUUUAAUGAGAUAAAAUAGAUCGUCUUCAUUGGUUUGUGAACCCAUCUUGUUCCAGUGAUGUUCUUUUCUUUACUCGCUGGUCAAAUGAUAAUCAAGCAGAGUUAGUGGGAGUGCCACAUAUAACAUUUUUAGAUAGGUGUCACCUUUCCUUUAGCCAGGGGUCACGGUGAAAUAUGAAAUAUUGAUUUAAAUCUGAUAUAUUUCUUUGUCCACAGGAACUUAAAAUCAGUAGCAGCUUGGUAUGAUCAGUGCCAGUGUCUGCACAUGUAUCAUUAAUCAAAGUGUAAACUGUGAGAUUAGUUUUGUACAGUUUAUACUGUUGCAGUUUAUACCAUGGGUCCUAGUGUGCUUACAAUUAUCCAUGCCUCUCUACUUUCUGGUCAGGUCCCUGUUUUUUUGUAAAAUUGCUGUUAUUCACCCACUGUUAAAAAAGCACUUAAAGGUGAUGCUUCUCUGCUUAUCAACUAUAGAUCUAUCUCAAAAUUACCAUUGAUUGCCAAGAUUCUAGAGAAGGUUGUGGCCAAGCAACUGACAGUGGUUCUUGAUGAACAUAAUAUUCUUGAUCAUUUCCAAUCCGGUUUUAGUAGAGCUCAUUCCACCGAAACGGUGCUUCUUAGAGUGUCCAGUGAUACUCUAAGAUACUCUUAUGAUGCUGGCGAGUGUGCUGUUCUACUGUUGUUGGACCUGUACUCUGCCUUCGAUACUGUCGACCAUCAUAUUCUGUUAGAUAGACUAAAACACUGAGUCGGUAUAUCAGGAACUGCUUUGGAGUGGUUUAAAUCCUAUCUGUGUUUCAGGUCAGUUCAGGUCCUCUCUCACUUCUCUUGCCUAUGGUGUGCCACAAGGUUCUGUCUUGGGACCCAUACUGUUUUUGUUGUAUUUAUUCCCUCUUCAGGAGAUUCUCAGCACUUUUAUGGACAUUUCGUAUCUGUUAUGCAGAUGAUAUUCAGCUAUAUAUCUCCUUUAGCCCACAUGAUGUUUCUAAACUUCCAAUCUUGCAGAGAUGCUUAGAUUCUAUUAGUGGUUGGAUGGCUGAUAAUGAUCUUCAACUUAAUGCUGAGAAAACUGAAGUCCUUGUCUUUGCUCCUGAUAAGAUUGUACCUUUGGUAGUAAAAGAAUGUAGCCCCCCUUGCUUCUUUUGUUAAAUCUUCUAUUAGGAAUCUUGGUGUUACAUUUGACUCAGCUUUGUCCUUGGAUAUUCAUGUUAAAUCUCUGGUCCACUCUUGUUUCUACCACUUAAGAAAUAUUGCUAAGCUGAGUCCUAUUGUGUCAUGUUCCAAACUUGAAAUGAUUAUACAUGCUUUUGUUUCAUCUCAUUUAGACUAUUGUAACUCAUUGUUUACCUGUCUAAGUAAUGCCUCCUUGGAAGGUCUGCAGGGUGUUCAAAAUGCUGCUGCAAGGCUUUUGACCAAGGCUUCCAGGUACUCCCAUGUCACUCCCCUGCUGAUCCAGCUGCAUUGGCUCCCCAUUAAAUUCAGGGUCUGUUUUAAGAUUGUGACCUUCAGACUAGGUCCAAUUUACAUCAGUGAUCUUCUUCAUCCUAAUAUUCCCAGCAGGUCCCUGAGGUCUUGUGACCAGGGCUUGUUAGUUGUCCACCACACUAGAUUAAAAACAAAAUGUGACAGAGCCUUUGUUUCUGUGGCUCCCAGACUCUGGAACUCUCUUCCAUUGAGUUUCAGAUCUGUAGACUCUGUCAGUUCUUUUAAAAAGCUGUUAAAAACCCAUCUUUUUCAACUUGUCUUUGGUUGAUGUUGUUUUAUGUUCUAGGUUCUGUGAAGCACUUUGUGAUUUUAUCUUGAAAGGUGCUAUAUAAAUAAAAUUUUACUUUACUUUUUGCUGUGAGGUUUUCUCUUUCACUGUAUGAAUCAUUCAUGAACUUCCAAUCAUUUUUAUUUCUUCCUUUCACUUUUAAGCAUUUUAAUAAAAUAACUGUAAUGAUACGUUCAGUGCACCUGUUAUGGCUGUGGCCAUAAGAACACUGUGUGGGCUGUUUUGUUCUGUCUCUUUACUGUGCUUAAGACUCUUUGUAGGUCCUUCCCCUAAUGAAGAGUACUGAGCAGCUGAUUGGACCGUGGAACACGUGACCGCGUUCAAAAAGCCGCUCUGACAGCUCCCGCCAGAGAGAGAGAGAGAGAGAGAGAGAAGCGAGUGAGCGAGCAGUUUGACAGCUGACGCGGUCCUGGCCCUGGUUUCCAGACUAUACUUUUGCUGUGUGUUUGUGUGAGCGUGUUCUGUGAGAGCCGCUCCUCGUGUAUUAACUUAGUGCUUAGGCACCCAUAGGCUGAAGCAGAAGGGGUGAGCCGCCUUUUUCUUUGGAACCGUUUUCUCCUGUUUUCCGGGUUAGGGAGCGAGGGUUAGUAUUGUCUUUUGUUUGUUUUGUUUCUUUCCUAGGGUUUAGUUAGUUUUCUCUGGUGGGACUUAGUUGGUUUUGUUUAUUAUUUUGGCCUGGGUUCACCCUGGAGCUAUGCUUCAUUACCUUCAAUAAAAUCACUUUUUUAUUCACAA